AUGUCGACGCCGCUUCGUCAGCAAAAUCAAUCUUUCUAUCCUGUCUCCCCUGUUGAUAUCGUCAGCGGCAAUAGACCACAACAAUCAGUCGGCUUUGCAGACUUGUCCGAGAAGACGGCUCCCUCGGUAACCACAAGAUCAAGCAGGACCAGUUCUAGCUCUUCCUCGUCUUCCCAAAAAGUUGCCCGAACAGCGCGUUUCGCAGAGGCAACUUCUGUCAACUCGCCUGUCUCUGGUCCCACCGAGCAUCGCUCGCCAUUCGCAGACCCGCCCAACAUGGCUGCUCAACAAUCACAACCGUCCGACGUCGGAUUUGGAUAUAUUUCAAAUGAGCCUGUUCAGCAACAAGCAACUUUACAUCCAAAUGCAAACCCACCUUUGAAAUCUGCUCUUAAGACCCCAGGAACUCCAGGAAGGAUGCUAAACCCGCUCAGCCCAACGUUCAGGGAAGAACAAAUCCUUGAGAAGCAUGAGGAAGAUACAGAAAAGGAACAAGCAAAGGAUCUGAAAAUUAAGACCCGUGUGCGGGCGGCUAAGAUGAUGCUCCGCGGCGUCAACUUCUCCUGCUCUUUGAUAGUCCUCGCCCUUGUCGCAACCACCUUUACGAUCUUCAAUGCCACCAAAACUCUUCCACCCCGAAACAACCUACCUGCCUGGUCUGCUAGUUCUAAGCCAUGGCCACAAAUUAUGCUCUUGGUCAUUGCUUGUAUUUCGCUGGUUUUUGCUCUUGGAAUCUUCUACGCCUACUGGCGAGGGGGCCAUAAACGUGCCGAAAAAGCCGCUGUUUACUACACCGUCUUUGCAGUAUUCUUCUUUGCAUUCAGUAUUAUUAUGUGGGCUGUGGGCGCUGCCGUCCUAAAUAGCAGCAGAAACAAUGGUAACGGCCAAGAUAUAUGGGGUUGGAGCUGUAAAGACAACAGGAGGAGGGAAUUGUUCAAAGACGACGUUGGCUAUGCUCUCGUAUGCCGCCUUCAGGAGUGGGCGCUCGUCUGCUGCAUCAUCGAGAUUGUCGUUGAAACCAUCACCAUCGCCAUUUACGCCAUUGUCUUCUAUCGAUUCUACAGCAAGCGCAGGCUUCGAAAGAGUAUGGAUGUGCGUGACAAGGCUCGAUCGGAUCUCUAUCUCGCCCAACUCCGUUCUCAAUCUGCCCCCAAUACUCCAGGCUUCGCACAGAGCAUGCGUUCGCCCACCUUCCCAACGAGAGGAGGCGACGAGUACUCAGCUGCCGAAAAUGGUGAAAACUACUCCAAGACGCAAUUCGUCACUCCAUCGCCAUCUAGCACACAUGGGUCCUCGCCUUUUAAACUGCAAGCACCUCCCAUCAAAGUGCAUCACGCAACUCCACGCGCACCUCAAAACGGAUUCGAUUCUGCCCCUACACCAACCAAUUCACCCCCACCCGCCCAAGAAAGGCAGAACGAGCAUGUGGCUGCUGCACCGGGCGAACAGACUUAUGCAGCUGUUCCAAUUCCGGGCGCUUAUGCUUCACCCUUGACCAGCCCGGCUAUGCAACGACAGAGUGACUCGAUGGCGGCGCAGAUGCAGAGGGGGCCAGGGGCUCCCUAUUAG